UCUGACUAUGUCUGUGGCAGUCGUAAAGUCACAAAAAUAUUCGAUUUUUGUUUCUUUGUUUUUGCCGGUGUUUUGUUCUUUUCGCAGAUAUACAUAAUUAUUGAUUAAAUGGCAAACAGAAGUUGGGGAAACCAAAGUCAAGAUUGGGAUCCUAUGAGAGAUGACUUCAACAAUUCAACAUUUGACCCACAAUACCCAGAUGAUAACGCAGGCAGAGGUGUACAACUAGACCACACCCGGAUCUACAUCACAAAUUUACCAUGGAAUUUAACUGAUGAUGGAUUGCGUACCAUAUUUAGCAAAUAUGGUACUAUUAAAGAAUCUUUUCUUAGCCGUGAUCUGAAUAAACGCUAUGCAUUGGUCAAGUAUGAAACAUCAGGGGAAGCCAAGCUUGCUAUGAUGAAACUAAAUAAGACUGAACCACUCAAAAUGUUUGUAAAUAUUGCACACAAGAAAAGGCCGUUUAUUAAUGACCCGAGGGACCGUGGCAGCAAUCACACGUCACAAAUGUCUAGAGACGAAACUUCUAGUAUUUGCAGCAGGGGACGGAAUAGUCGUAGAAUGGACGACACUCAACCAUCUAUCAACAGUGAGGGUGAUAUGGACGAUUUGAUUGGAGAAGAUGAACUGGGUCUGGUGAACAGCUCGGACCCUGACCUCCACCUGGAGCUGGUGCAGCUCAAGAUGGAGCGGAUUAAACUGCAAGAAGAGAAGUUGGAGUGUAAACGAAUGAUGAUACUUAACCGAGCUGGAAAGAAGUCGGUACCUGUGAGUUCUAAAAAUAGGAGUGUUUUAGCCGAUGGAAGGAUCGUAGUAAGAAAUAAUAAUGACAGACCCAGCGAAGUGACCGGAGAUUCGGAGAGUUUUGGUGUCGGAAGUGGAGAUGCGGUCGACAAUCCAAUGCAGCAAAAACUUCCCGCGCUGCAGCGAGACCCGUCACGUGCCUGCGUGUCGUGUGGCAAGCCAGCGGACGCUUACUGCUCGAGAUGCGCUGUCACGCCCUACUGUAGUGUAGCAUGCCAGCAGCGGGACUGGAGAGCUAGGCAUCAUUCUGUCUGCCAUAAUCUCGCAAGGUUAGCUGAUGGAAAUGCACCUUAUGCGAUGCAAUCCAGUUCCAGUAAUAUACCAACAUUGCAAUCUGUCGCACCAUUACGUCGACCUCAUUCUCCGAUGAAGAAUGUUAGGAGAUUCCAAAAUAAUGAAGAUAACGAAUAUAGUGGACAAGCGAGAGCUUACCAUAAUACGAACUCUAAUUACCAAAACGGACAGACCAAUAGAAAUCAAGAUAGAUCGAAUAAUAGAAUGAAUAGACCACAAGGAUCUUCAUAUAGAAAUCAAGAGAAGAACAAACAGAAUACGAAACCUCAAGAUAAUGAGAACAGACCAAAUAUACCUCAAUUACGAAGACCACAGAUUAAAAAUACCGAUGAAGAGGAUUGGAAUUCUAAAACAAAAAAUCAAGCGCCUAGCAAUAUUGGAAAAAUGCCAAUAAAACCGGUAAAGCAGAUUCUAGAAAUAGCCACAGAAGAGAAGAAGACAGUGAAGCCGUUGUCAGUAGAAGAUGUGACACCGAUAAAGAAGAUUGUUCCUAAAACAUGCGUGGUGGAAACCCUGUCUGUUGGUGACAUCGUGGUGGUGUCAAUCGACAAGGUGGCAGCGGAAUGCAGAGUCAAUGGGCCCGGGUACAUCGGAGUGGCAUUGCAAGACAAAUAUGAAACGGAUUAUAUGAGACUGUGUGAGGAAUAUUUUACUGAUUGUGAAAAAGAAGGGAAUUAUACUCCCAGUCCUGGAGAAGCUUUUUCAUAUUUGAAUGAAGAUGGCGCCUGGUACAGAGCGAGGUGUUUAAGUGGCGAUUUAGCCGCACUCAUAGACAGCAGUGCUCUAGUUAAGAUAACUACACAAUGUAAAUCCUUACCCCUCAAGUAUGCGGAAAUACCGGAGUUUUCCUGUUAUAUUAAUAUCGAAGGGGUUGAAAUCGGCGACAAUCUGAAGUGCACAGUGAAAGCCAAGUUUAAAGACGGCUGCGUCGUGGUCGCGGAAAACGUCGCGAGCGGCGCCAGACUCGGGGAAGGGGAGGUAAAGAGAUGGUCUCCAGAGAUUGAAUACCCUGUCGCUGCUGGAGUUGCAGCGAUACCGGAGGUGCUGCGACCGGUCGUGUGCGACAAGUCGCGCGUGCUGCUGGUGGAGGCGACGCAGCUGAGCCGCGCGUUCGUCCGCAGCGCUGACGUCACAGCGCAGCGCAGAUACGACUCCGUGCUACAGGGUGUUGUGUUGUACGGACAGACUGCUAAGCCAUUAUCUGUACCGCCACGUAAAGGUCAGUUAGUGGUAGCGAAGUAUACAGACGGCCUGCACUACCGCGCCGUCUGCAAGCGGACUAAUGUCAAACAGAAUAAAUAUCUACUGGAAUAUAUUGAAUUUGGUAACUUAGAGAUAUCGAAGUUCCAAGAUCUAUAUCCGUGUCCAGUGGAGUUUGACCUCACUUCUCAACCAGCUGAGGCCAGCCAAGUGUCUCUGUUGACUGGUGACUUCAACAUCACUCCACAAGCUACAGAAUAUGUCGAUAAAUUAAAGGAUUCCUGUACGGAGUUAAUAUUGACUAUCCCGAAUGGUGAGAAGACAGCGCCGAGCGGCGCGGAAGUUAAACUCACGGUAGCUGAUACAAAGGAAUGUGUGAACACUAAAUUGGAGGAAUUAUGUACUCCUGAGUGGAAGAAAAUGGAGAAAACAGGAGUUGAUGUUGUUGAAAGUGCAUGUAUAAUGUACAGCAAUUUAGAACAUCUGGAACUCCCAGAAAGCGGUUGUGAGAUUGAAGUUUUGGAUAUCAGUUCGCUAGAUGGCGCUACAAUAUCUGGCUAUAUGAAGGGAGAGCCUCUAGCUAAAAAGAUUCUAGGAGAAUUAUCUGAACAGAUGGAGGCGUAUUGCAACAGCGAUAUCGGUAAAGAACCUUAUUUACCGAAGUUUGAAGAACUAUGUAUAGCACAAUGCCCGCCUUAUCCCCAAUGGUUCCGUGCGGUGUUCUGCGAGCAGAUGUCCGGCGCUGGCGGCGCGACUGCUCGCCUCUGGUACAUUGACUACGGGAAUAUGGAGGUGGUGCCGGUCGCCGCUGUACGGAAGAUGUUGCCAGAGUUUGUGAUUGGCAUACCGGCGCUGGCUGCGCAUUUGGAGAUUAAAGAUUUCCCGAAAGAACCGACAACAGAACAAUUAUCUAAAGCGAUACAAUAUAUGGAGAUAAAUGAAGAGGGCAGAGGUCAUCUCAAGGUCACAAAGUGCAUCAAAAUGGAUAAGGGCCUGUAUGUAGUUGAUGCCCCGGAAUUGAUCGCAGCUAUGAUGGAAUAGAGUAAAUGUAAACAAAAGUUGCCUAAACUUGGGCAAAAAUAACCCAAUGUUGGGCAAAAAUUGCCAAAAAUUGGGUAAAAUCUGCCCAAAGUUGGGUAAUAAUUGCCCGAAGUUUGGCGAACUGACAACCGAAUACUUAAACAACGUUUAAAUAAUGGCGUUUAAACGACAAUGCUAAAUUUCUAAAUUCCAUUAAAAUAAUGACUUGUAAUUUACUAAAAAACACUUAUAAAGUUUACCUUCGUUUUUGUAUUCGUUGGUUACUUGCCCAAAGUUGGGCAUAAGCUAUAUUUCUAAAGUUUGGCAAAAUCUUACAGAGGUAAACAAAAGUUUUCAAUUAUUUUGCCCACUGGUAGAAGUUUACCCAAUUUUGGGCAAUUAACUAUCUUUUAAUGUUAGAUUCGGUAUUGAGUUUUGCCCAAUAUUGGGUAGUGAUUAUAUUCCAUACUUGUUUCAUUAUUUUUGCCCACUCUUGGGUGAAAUACAUAAUUUAAAUACGGUUUGAUUAUAAUUUUGACUUUAAGAUUCUUCUAUUUACUUACAGCCUUACAAAUAAACUCCGACAAAGAAAAGAAAAAACUUAGGAAUAAACUGAGUAUAAGAAAAUAUUAGUACAAAUUCAGCUUAUACUUAGUUUAUUCCUAACUUAACCUUGGUCGGAGUUUAUUUGUAAGGCUGUGAAUGUUUAAUUUUGUUUUGACAACUAUAUAACUAUAUUUAUAUUAAUAAUAUAUUGAUUAUUCUUAAGUUUUCGAUAUUAUUAUAAUAGUGAUAGUUAAAUGACAUUUAUGUACCUCUUAGGGGUGAAGACAUAGGUCUUUUAGUUCCUUUCUUACAAGGAAAGGGAACGGAAAGUGGAAUUAUUAGAGAAAUAUCAUUUUCUGUUCGUCUCCGUUGAUUAAAGGCAAAGUCUGCUUUUGAUGUGUAUGCAUCGAUUCGCUAUUUCGGCGAGAUUUCCCUUUUUUCACAUUUUCAUUUCACUAAUCUCGAUGGUAUAAUUCCGUCUAGGACUUAAUAAGUCGUCAAAAAUGUCCUUAUUUAAGUAACUUGUCAUUGGAGUAUUUUACCGCUCACCGACACAACCGCUCUGCUCGGCAGUCGGGAUGCGAAUGACGUGUGACGUAAGCAAAUUAGUCAAUAGACUAUCUAAAACGAUAUAUUUAAAAUUUUCACUCAUGUUGCAGAAUUACCGCUUUUUUCAAAUAAACUAUUGCGGAAUUCUCACUUUUUCAUACUUAAGUAGUUUUUUAAUAUAAACCAUAUUAAUAUAGUGUUUAUAUACGAGUAUAUUACUAUAUUGUGGUUGGUAUUUCUUUGAUAGACACAUUUUCGUGUCGUUACUAUUGGAAUUAGCGCUGGGAAGUUAAUUCUCUCUUCACAAUGUGUUUAUGGAGAAGAUACGCUAUUACUUAAAAAUUUAAAAAUUUCGUUUCUCCAUAUUAAAGUUUCCCAUUAUAUUAUAUCUUAUGGCUUUAUGUCAUUUACAUAUUUCCGGAAGGAAAUUUUUUAUAACAUAGAAUUUAAAUUCUAGUUAUGUUUGACAUUUUAAAUGGCUAUUAAAAAGCCAUUUAUUGGUUUUUGACAUUUUCAAUUGAAUUAAUAGAUAUUUCAUCUUGAAAUCGCCUUCAAAUGUAGGCGUGGUUUAAAUUUUAGGGGCGUGGUUUAAAUAUGAACACCCCUUUUUUAAUAUUAAUUGCAAACCUUUUGUAAUUACCUAUUAAGGUAGUUAAUGUUAUUGAUUUUUGACAUUUUUCAUUAAAUUAAAAGAAAUUUCAUAUUGAAAUCGCCUUCAAAUGUAGGCGUGGUUUAAAUGUUUAGGGGUGUGGUUUAAAAUGUUAACGCCCCCUUUUAAUAUUCAUUGCAAACGUUUUGUAAUUACCUAUUAAGGUAAUUAAUGUUAUUGGUUUUUGACAUUUUUCUUCAAAUUAAAAGGAAUUUCAUAUUGAAAUCGUCUUCAAAUGUGGGCGUGGUUUGAAUUUUCAGGGGCGUGGUUUAAAUGUUAACGCCCCUUUUCUAAUAUUCAUUACAUUUUCAAUUACCUAUUUAGGUAAUGUUAUUUACUCAAUUCAGACUUACUAGACAUUUGUUAGUCUUGUUACAGUAAUUGUGGUUUUUCUACGUAACAUUUGAGAAAAUGUCUUUAUCGUAUUUUCCAUAGUUUUGAAACUAUGUUAUUCUAAGAAUUUCGAUUGGAGUUUGAGGUAACUUUAUGGACAGAUUUCACCCCAAACUGUUGCGUAGCUGGUUUACGUUAUGGUGACGUAAUAGGUACUUUUAUAAACAUUUCCAAUGCACAGAUCUCUAUAAAUAGAUAGGUCUGUCGUCUUCGUUCGUUGAACGUGUUUUUUGGUGUUAAUAAUACCCUUUUCAAAUACAAUUUACAUAAAUUAAAUUGACAUUUUUAUUACUAGCUGAAUAUUAAAAAAAUAAUAAAAAAGCUUGUUAUUGAUAGAUUUAUUUUUCUAAUGGGUAAUUAUUUAUACCCAGUGGUUUUUACGUGUAUCGAAUAUAUGCGAAGAUACAAAGUUUUCCUCUUUGUUAUAUUACUAGCUGUUGCUCGCGACUUCGCGUGGAAUUAAAACAUAAUUAAAAUUAU